GAUAUCCUUUUUGGGGAACGAAGAAUCGCGAACGAAAAGUCUCCCGGCCGUCUCCAUCGGCGGCGGGCAGAGAGAUGUAUCGCCAGAUGUUUUUCACGUGCCAAGUGCAGUACCUCAACGACGUCGAUCCGUUCACUUAUGCGACCCUCUAUCCGGAUGUUAACCCACCCGAUCACACCUUCAGCGCGACCUUGCCGCUCAUCAACCAGCUCGCCGCCGUGCAUCGGCUUCUACGGGCGCCUCACAGGCUCGACGACACGGCGCUCCAGCUGUACAAGGGCGGCGAUUAUGGCGCUUACCUGGACCUCGAGGCCUCGAUCAACGAGCAGCAGGAGGAAUUCGAAGGCUUCCACGAGAGCCGGAAGAACGCGAUCAUUCUCAGGACCCAGCUGUCCGUGAGGGUUCACACCAUCAUAGAAAAAUUGCUGAACAGCGAAGGCCGUGAGCUGCGACGGGCUCUCUUCUCUCUCAAGCAGAUCUUUCAGGAGGACAAGGACCUGGUGCACGAGUUCGUGCAAAAUGACGGGCUCGCCUGUCUCAUCAAAGUCAGCAGCGAGGCCGACCAGAACUACCAAAAUUACAUAUUACGAGCACUCGGCCAGGUGAUGCUGUACGUUGACGGCAUGAACGGUGUGAUGGAACACGGGCAGACGGUGGAAUGGCUGUAUACGUUAAUUGCCAGCCGUUUUCGGCUGGUGGUGAAGACGGCGCUGAAGCUGCUGCUCGUGUUCGUGGAAUACGUGGAAACAAACAGUCUGCUGCUGGUCCGUGCCGUGAGAGCGGUGGAUACCGCCCGCGGCAUGAUACCGUGGAUUAACGUGAUGAAGCUCCUGAAGGAUUACGACGCCGCUGACACCGAGUUGCUCAUCUACGCGACCACGUUGGUUAACAAGUGCCUGAACGGCAUCCCCGAUCAGGACACCUACUACGAUCAGGUGGACUGCCUCGAGGAGCAGGGCAUGGAGGGCGUUAUCCAGAGGUACAUGUCGAAGCAGGGCACGGAUCUCGACCUGCUCAGGCAGUUUCAGAUCUACGAGGCGGUGCUGCAUCACGAAGACGGCGACAGGGGCUCGCCUAUCCGCCAACUGGACGACAAUAUCAGGAAGACCUUGCGGAACCGGAAGUCCCUGGUGGAUUCCCACGAGCGACGAAAGUCUCGGAGGCACUCGACGGGCACCUCGCCCCUUUCGAUGUCUCUAAGUGCGCGGCUGAGUCCACGGUUGAAUCAUACUCUGGGCGUGAGCUCGCUCAACAGCACCUUGAACUCGAGUCUGCCAGACGACGACGACGAAUCGAGUAGCUCUCAGAGUUCCCAGGGUCAUCUGGGUGAGGUGCAGCUUAAUGGCAGUUACAAGGAGAAUAAAGUGGACGUUGGCGUGACACCGGCGCUGAGACGGCGACGAGAGCGCGCGGAGAGACAGAGGAGCUUCAUUAGAGAGCAACAAGAGGCUACCGCAAAUAUGAGGGCUUCGAUCGGUCACACCGACGAUCAGGAAAGUCAGUUUGCGUCGAACAGUCUGCGAUACACGAACGGCACCUCUUACGAGAGGAACGCUGAUUCUCCCUCAAACAAGUUGUCCAGAACGAACAGCAGGAAAGACUUGACGCCCUUGAUGAAUGCCGCGAACAAGCUCGACUCGGAGGAGAUGAAGCCGUGGUACGGCAAAAGUCCCAACGAAGGUGUCGAGUACGGCGAGAGUAAUCACACCGACGAAGACGAGGAUCGUCGAGUGUUGCUGCAGCCUAAGAGGGAAGGCACCGUCAAGGAUCUCACGCAGAAGUUGGCGGCGCAGAAUCUUAUACCGAGCAGCCCCGUGGAGGAGAAAGUUUCCAGGAUAGGCGACAUCAGCGGGCUGAUCUCGAAGGCGAAGGAGGGCCUGGCGAAGUCCAAGUCGAAGGCGGACGUGUUGAAGUCGCCGACCGGCGACAACCUGCCGAAACUGCAGGAGACGAAGAAGUCCGAGAACGAGCUGCACUGGGAGGAGCUGGUAAAGAAGCUGAAGCGGCCGCUCGCGCUCUGCGACCUCGACUUCACCGACCUGAACUCCGAGGAUGAGAUCGACGUGCUGGGUUCGGCGAACGUCGCGAACGGCGUGCCGCCGCCGCCGCCGCCGAUGGCGCCUUCGUGCGGGGACGCGAAGGCACCCCCGCCGCCGCCGUUGGGCGCGAGACUGCCGCCGCCGCUUCCUCAGGGCCCGCCGCUGCCGCAGCCGUUCGGCGUCAGCCUGAAGUCGUUGAGGCCGCCGUUGAUCACCAACGAGAUCGGCGGCAGCAGCAGCUGCGUGCCCAAGAGCCCGCCGUCGUUGAUCGCCAAGAAAAGCAAGAAGACGGUGAAGCUGUUCUGGAAGGAGGUGCGGGACGACCCCAACAUUCUCGCGCGGCUCGACAAACACAAGAUGAUCUGGGACGAGUUGACGCCCGUCGCGGUCGACACGCAGAAGCUCGAGCACCUCUUCGAGAGCCGCGCCAAGGACCUCAUCACCAAGCAGAAGCAGCAAGAGAUGAACAAGAACAAGGAGAUCAUCGUGCUGAAUCACAAGAGGUCGAACGCCAUCAACAUCGGCAUGACGAAACUGCCGCCGCCGAGGUCCAUCAAGACCGCGAUCCUGAAGAUGGACGCCACCAUCAUGAACCGGGAGGGUAUCGAGAAACUCCUGACGAUGCUGCCAACCAAGGAGGAGAAAUCCAGGAUACAAGAGGCGCAAGCCGCAAAUCCCGACCUUCCUCUAGGAUCGGCCGAACAGUUCCUCCUGACUUUGACCUCCAUCUCGGAACUGCCGGCGAGGCUGAAGCUGUGGGCGUUCAAGCUGGACUUUGAAAACUCCGAAAAGGAAAUCGCGGACCCUUUGAUGGAUCUGAAGCAGGGCAUGGAGACGCUGCGAGUGAAUAAAACGUUCCGCGGGAUUCUGAGCACGCUCCUUUCGAUCGGGAUAUUCCUCAACGGAAAUGAGGUGAAGGGCUUUCAGCUGGAAUACCUCGUCAAAGUACCUGAAGUGAAGGAUACGGUUCACAAGCACUCGCUGCUUCAUCAUCUCUGCCAUAUGGUGAUGGAAAAGUUCCCGGAUUCGACGGAUCUCUACUCCGAGAUCGGCGCAGUGACGAGAGCAUCGAAAAUCGACUUCGACGAGCUAGCGGCGAACAUCGCGAAACUCGAGAGCGAGUGCAAAGCGUCUUGGGACCAUCUCAAGCUCAUUGCGAAGCACGAUGGCUCGACGAUGAUGAAGGUCAAAAUGUCCGAUUUCCUCGCCGACUGCGCCGAGAGGAUAAUCGUCUUAGGCAUUGUGCACCGACGUAUCAUAAAUCGUUUCCGGAAAUUCAUCUUGUGGCUCGGCAUACCGCUGCAUAGGGUACAAGACACGAAACCCAACGAGUUUUGCAGGAUCGUGUCCGAAUUCGCCCUGGAGUACAGGACCACCAGGGAACGAGUGAUACAGCAGCUCGAGAAGAAAGCCAAUCAUCGGGAGCGCAAUAAGACCAGAGGGAAGAUGAUAACGGAGGUCGGCAAGUUCCGCACAAAGGAGGACCGAGCGGACGCCGAGCUCAGACAGCUGCUUGGCAGUGACAUCUCCGACGUCGAAAGCAUCCACGGCACUUUACCAUGGCGGAGACAGAAGAAAGACGGACGUAUAAUCACGUUGGGUCCGGUGCUGAGAGACGAGAGCACCAACGGCAACCUGGCCGACGGUGUGGACGAACUGUUGGAAUCUCUGGUGAAAACCGCAACGAAGACACCGGCCACCAGAACGACGCCACGCGAGCGCAAGAGGACCAGACACGCCGAUCGUAAGUCUUUGCGCAGAACGCUGAAGAACGGUCUCUCGGAAGAGGAGAAGAAGCACAUCGCCGCCUACAUCAAGGGCUACUGACUGUGAUAAUACUCGAAGGCCACGAAGACAUGCCCUCGACGAAACGAGAUGGGACAGGACGACGGGAGGAGCGGGGGCACGUCGAUAUCGGGGCGCAGGAUGGGGGGGAGGGGGCGAACGCGGGGCGGAAACUCGGCGAAGACAUCUCCCCGACGAGGGAUCUCGGAAUCUCCUUAGGAAUCCCCGUCGUCGGCCGUCAGCACGGGACCAGCUCCGUGGUCGAGCGACACACGGCCAUCGACUCCGCGACACGUCGUCGUCGUGACGCGUCUCGCGUGCGCGCCUCCUCGCUCGAUUCUCCUCACUAAGAUAGGAUAACAGGUACCCGGGACGAGAGGAGGAAAGAGGGAAAAAGGGAAAAAGAGGAAGAAGAGAUAUAAAAUAAGACGCGUUCGGUCGCGAAUUGAUGGACCAGAGCCAAACGUCGACCGACGAUUUGAAUUUUGGCGAGAAAGAUGAUCGAGCGAACCGCGUCCUUUUCUUUUCUCUCGGAGGCGCGCGCGUUGUAGAGAGUUAUCUAUCCCGCUAGGAAUUUCCCUCCGCUUUGUAGAAGCGUUCUCGUUUUUCGCACACGUCUCUCUCUCUCUCUCUCUCUCCCUUUGUCACGUGGAAGUUCUCCGGUCUCGCCGAAAUUUCCUUAUCUCGCGCGGAGAAUCUCGCGGGAGGCGCGCGGUUUUCGCAGGGUUCCCUCCCUCCCUCUCUUCCUUCCUUCCAUCGCGUCUCCCUUCUUUUCUUCGAAAGAGUUCGGCGCGCGCCCGAGCGCACGCACUCGCGUUAUUUACGUAUAUCGUAUAUCUGUAUGUUCUACGUAUUGUACUCUCGGUACUCUUCUCGGAAGAUUCACUCGAACCACUCGGACGACAGGGUCGAAUCGACUAAAGAAAGGUAUGAACGUAAUCACCACGUGCCUCGACGGAUUUCCUACGAUCGAUCGAACUCUAAGCACCCGACCUAAGCACUCGAGAGCGAACUGCGACGAUCCAUUGCAAUGAUCACGAAGGGACGGCUGUUUCCCUUCAUUUUUCUCUCUCUUUUUUUGGGUUUUUUUUUUCUUUUGCAUACGAAGUAACUAUAAACUGCGGAACGAUUCCUGUCGAAUAUACGGCGAACGUGUAAAUCGAUAAACCGCCGCACGACUCUAAAUUUCUCGCGCCCAGCGAGGGGCAGCGGAAACUUAAUUACCUUUAAUCAUCAUUUUACUAUUGCGCCUCGUAUGGGCGCAUAAUCGCAUUCAUUGUAACUCUCUGUGGAAAUGAUUCUUCAAAUAAAGCGAGAAGCAGUUCUACACGGG